GGCUGAGUCCAGUGACAGCCCCCCAGCAGCCGGCUCUCACAGCCUCCUUCCCCCCGAGCGGAGCUGCGGGGCCGGCCGGGCCGGGGCAGACCCCGGUAACCGGACGCGGCCGCCCGGGCCCGCGGGCGGGGGGGAUCGGCGGGAGGACCACAGGCAGGGGCAGUCACCAUGGAGUUCCGCCAGGAGGAGUUUCGGAAGCUAGCCGGUCGUGCUCUCGGGAAGCUGCACCGCCUUCUAGAGAAGAGGCAGGAAGGUGCGGAGACGCUGGAGCUGAGUGCCGACGGGCGCCCAGUGACGACGCAGACUCGGGACCCGCCGGUUGUGGACUGCACCUGCUUUGGCCUUCCUCGCCGCUACAUUAUCGCCAUCAUGAGCGGACUGGGCUUCUGCAUCAGUUUUGGCAUCCGCUGCAACUUGGGCGUGGCCAUCGUUUCCAUGGUCAACAACAGCACUACCCACCGCGGCGGCCACGUGGUGGUGCAGGUUCCUCCCUUAAUUUUGAUCCUGGUUUGUCUGAAGCCUUGCUCCUACCUACAUUCCACCAGAAAGCCCAGUUCGGCUGGGAUCCAGAGACUGUCGGCCUCAUACACGGCUCCUUUUUCUGGGGCUACAUUGUCACUCAGAUUCCUGGAGGAUUUAUCUGUCAAAAAUUCGCAGCCAACAGGGUUUUCGGCUUUGCUAUUGUGGCUACCUCCACUCUUAACAUGCUUAUCCCCUCGGCUGCCCGCGUACACUAUGGCUGUGUCAUCUUCGUGAGAAUUCUGCAGGGGUUGGUAGAGGGGGUCACAUACCCCGCCUGCCACGGGAUCUGGAGCAAAUGGGCCCCACCCUUAGAACGUAGCCGCCUGGCGACAACAGCCUUUUGUGGUUCCUAUGCAGGGGCGGUGGUUGCGAUGCCCCUCGCCGGGGUCCUGGUGCAGUAUUCGGGAUGGAGCUCUGUUUUCUAUGUCUAUGGCAGUUUCGGGAUAUUCUGGUACCUGUUCUGGCUGCUCGUCUCUUAUGAAUCCCCUGCGCUGCACCCCAGCAUCUCGGAGGAGGAGCGCAAGUACAUCGAGGAAGCCAUCGGCGAGAGCGCCAAACUCAUGAACCCCCUUACGAAGUUUAGCACACCUUGGCGGCGCUUCUUCACGUCCAUGCCAGUCUACGCCAUCAUCGUGGCCAACUUCUGCCGUAGUUGGACGUUCUACUUGCUGCUUAUCUCCCAACCUGCCUACUUCGAAGAAGUGUUUGGUUUCGAGAUCAGCAAGGUGGGCCUAGUGUCAGCACUGCCCCACCUGGUGAUGACCAUCAUCGUGCCCAUUGGGGGCCAGAUUGCUGACUUCCUGCGGAGCCGCCGCAUCAUGUCCACCACCAAUGUGCGCAAGUUGAUGAACUGUGGUGGCUUCGGGAUGGAAGCCACUCUACUGCUGGUGGUCGGCUAUUCUCAUUCCAAAGGUGUGGCCAUUUCCUUCCUGGUCCUAGCUGUAGGCUUCAGUGGCUUUGCAAUUUCUGGGUUCAAUGUGAACCACCUGGAUAUUGCCCCUCGCUAUGCCAGCAUCCUCAUGGGCAUCUCCAAUGGUGUGGGGACAUUGUCGGGCAUGGUGUGUCCCAUCAUCGUGGGUGCCAUGACUAAGCACAAGACUCGGGAGGAGUGGCAGUAUGUGUUCUUAAUCGCCUCCCUGGUGCACUAUGGUGGUGUCAUCUUCUAUGGGGUCUUUGCUUCUGGAGAGAAGCAGCCGUGGGCAGAGCCUGAGGAGAUGAGUGAAGAGAAGUGUGGCUUUGUUGGCCAUGACCAGCUGGCUGGCAGUGAUGACAGUGAAAUGGAGGAUGACGUUGAACCACCAGGGGCACCCCCUGCACCCCCUCCCUCCUAUGGGGCCACACACAGCACAGUUCAACCCCCAAGACCCCCACCCCCUGUCCGAGACUACUGACCAUGUGCCUCCCACUGAAUGGCAGUUUCCAGGACCUCUACUUCACACAUCUUGGGCCUGAGUGACAGUGUCAGGGGACCCCUCUGCUCUCUGACCUGUCUAGGGCCUAAGAAGCACUCUCCCUUGUUCCCAGUGCUGUUAAAUCCUCUUUCCUUCCCAACUGCCUCUCAGGGGUAGUGGAGCUGCAGAUUGGCAGUUUCAAGGAUACCCAAAUUCCCCUAAAGUUUCCCUUCUCUACCUAUUUUGCCUCAGCGGUUUCAAAUAUCUCCCUUCAGGGCUUUAUUUUAAUGGACAGUGGAAACUCUUACUCUCUCUUGUGGUUUUGAGGCAUCUCUCUUUCCUUCCCUUUAACCCCAGGGCUCUCAGGCUAAUCCCAGCUCCCCCCUCCUUUCAGAAAAAUUCAAGGUCCUCUCUUAGAAGUUUUAAAUCUCAACGCUAUUCUGCAUUUCCCAGGUUGGUUUAACAAAUCACCCAUCCCCAUCAUUUUAGGGGUCGAUUCUCACCAGCGUUUCUGAGGAAAAAUGGCGGUUUCAAGUUCCCCCCAUCUCUCCUUCCACUUCAUGCUGCCCCCUACCAGCAGAUUCUGGAAGCACCAAAUUGUCUAGAACCUUCUCUCCAGUUUAGCAUAACGUCUAUGGAAAAACCCUAAAUGGCAGUUUUAACAAUAUGCCUCUCUUAACUCCUGUGCACUUUUUCUUACAUGGUCUUCAGGUCUAAAUCGUGGCUGCUCAAGUCCAGUAACUCAAUAGUUUGAAGCCAUCACCAUUGAACUUCCCCAUGGUGGUUUCAAGAUGCCCCUCUUUUGCCAGUUCCUUGCACUUUAUUCUCCUGGGUAGUUUCAGACUACCCUCAGUUUCUCAGUGGCCAUUUGUUGUGUCCCUCAGGGGCUAAAUGACUCAAGAUUUGGGGUCUUUCCCCUCUCAAGCACCCCUCUUUCAGCCUAGAAUUUGGGAAACAUACAUAAGAGAAGUCACAGAAUCCCAGGAAAGAGAAUGGGGUGGGGAGAGGGGUGUUUUUCCCGGGGCAGGGUUAUGUCUUUGUGUCUCUGUGACUGUAAAUCCUGCCCUGCCCCCCUCCCAAUAAAAUGCUUUGGUGUACAG